UCAGAGGAAGGAGGAGCCGGAAUCCCUUUGCUGGAACCUUUGUCGCCGUCAGCAUCCCCAGAGCCCCAGACUCGUCCCUCGGGUUCAAAGCGAAAGCGCGAAGAUGGAGACGAAGACGAAGCACCCGCUACACAAACCAAGGCUGCAAAGCGCAAGAAGGCAAAGAAUGCAAAGAAGGCCAAGCAGCCUAAGGAUAUCGAAGAGGACGCUCUGGAUCUGGAAGCUGGAGUCAACCAUGCCAUUGCCCAUAUGGACAGCCAGUUGCUCGCCGAUCACGUCGCCCAGCGUACUAAGCGCUUCCACAACGAGUUAAGCGACAUGGAGUUGGAGGAUAUGCACAUACCAUCACAUGCCAUCGUCGACACCACAUCUUGGGACAAGCCACGCAACUUGGAGAACCUACCCGCCUUCAUCGAGCAAUUCAAAGACGAAAGAAGAAGCGACAAACCAGGAAAGACUCUCUCGGAUGCUGUCAAGCAGAAGUCAACACCACACACGAUCGUCAUUGCCGCCUCUGGAAUCCGAGCCGCAGACCUGACCAGAGCUCUUCGCAAGUUCCAGACCAAGGAAUCGUUGAUCGCAAAAUUGUUCGCCAAGCACAUCAAACUGCAAGAGGCUAUCAAGAUGGUGAAAGAGUCAAAGAUCGGCAUGGGUGUAGGUACACCUCAGAGACUGAUUGAUUUGUUUGAUGAUGCAGGCAGACUCGAGAGAAUCAUUAUUGAUGCAUCGCACAUCGACUCGAAGAAGCGUGGAAUUCUUGAUAUGCAGGAGGUUGAAAGUCCCUUGAUCAAGUUGUUGACCAGACCCAGCUUCAAGGAGAAGUAUAACGAGGACAAGAUGAAGAAGAUCGAACUUAUCUUCUAC